AUGUGUUUCCGAGUGACCACAACUGCCACGUUGUCUCACUCCUGCCCGACCAUAUGCUCGGUUGAAAAACUGUGCACCAACGCCAAGCGUUGCCGAAACGUGUGGAUCGACCGCGAAAUCGUCAACGCGACCGAGAACAGCAUUUCCGUUCUGGUACAAGUCGGACGGCUGCCUUUUGCAGCCAUGCUCAAGACCACUGUGGCUGAAGUCGUAGCCGGAAACCGAUCAGACUCCAAAACGUACGUGGUCGACACGCUGCCACGAAACGGUCAGUUAGUGACUGAAAUUGACGGUCUGCAUCCCAACUGCUGGUAUCGCAUCCAGACAUGUGUCCACAUUCCCACCCCCUAUAUGUUCACGGCCGCCAACGUACGACUGCCGAGGGAGAGCGUCUUCUGUUUGGAGGACGAGGCGGUAAGAACUUCGAAAAUCGAAUACUCCUGGAACAGAAAGUCGCUGGCUCGUUCAGUGAACCCGCCGCUCUUGCUGUUCUUCUUCACUGCGUUGCUACUCACUUCUUGUAUUCAACUGUUGUAA